GGCCUGUUAUAUAUCUCUUUCUGGCACAUUUCUGGAAGAUUUUGGGAUACCUUGGCCUGCUUGAUUUACCCUUACAAGCCUAUAUCAUAACACAGUCUAUGGCAGUUGCAUUAGCCUGUAAACAAGAAGGUUUCAGAGAAAAUUAGAGGACAUAUAGAGAGAGCAUAGAGGACAUAUGGCACAAUUAUAUUAGUGUUCGGACAUUUGUCCAUUAGAUCAAAUUAACCUGCCGUGUGGGCUAUUUCCAAAUCAACGUAGGAUGUGUGUCUUGUACCCCCUACAAAGCAUUCUUAAAGACCCACACACCUGUUUAUCAAAAACAGUAUCCCUUGUAUCAAGAGAAGAUUUACGGGCCAUCAACAAACUCAUACACACGAUGGUACACGUUGUAACAGACAUUAACCCCUUACUUACCUCUACACCUUCAGACUCAACAUACUACAGUGUCAUAAAUUUAGGGAAUGCCUACCAUUCUAUAUCAGUAAGUGAGAAGACAAGGCCCUUGUUUGCCUUCACGUGCGAUCGGCGUCAAUCACCUUUGCGCAAUUAGCAAUGAGUACGCCGCUAGCAGCGUGAUUUAUGGGUAUGUCCUCCGCGAAUCUCUAAAGGGCUGGGGAUAUCAGUCAGGGUCAGCUCCCCUGCAAUAUGUUGAUGAUUUAUUGUUGUGUAGUGCAGACCAAGAAAGUUGUGAAAAAGACACUAUUUCACUGCGGAAUUACCUGUGUGAGGAGGGGCACAAGGUAUCAUUAAAAAGGUGCAGUAUUGCCAGCCAUCUGUACAGUACUUGGGUUUCUUGCUAUCACAUGGGCAUUAACCCACAGAGAGUACAGGCAAUCACAGCUAUAAACAAGCCGCAAACAAAAGAACAAUUGCUCACAUUCUUGGGCACGGUUGGUUUUUGCAGACAAUGGAUUCCAGACUGUUCAUAUUUUGAAAGCGCCUUAAGGAGCAUACUUACAGACUCUGAAUACGACAAUUUGCAAUGGACUAAAACUGGCAUAAAUGCAUUUAAAGCUUUACUGGGGGUAUUGGCAUCUGUAUCUAUACUCAGUCUGCCUAACUAUAAUCUGCCUUUGUGUUGUACUGCAGGAAAUUGUAAGACCAUGGUUGCAGUCUUAGCCCAGAUUCACGGAAACAGUUAAAGACCCAUAGCAUACUUCUUUAAGGUGCUACCGCUCAUUGUGCAAGGCAUAUCUGCCUACCUGUGGGUGCUAGCAGCUUGCGUGGUAGCUGUUGAGUCUUCUAUUGCUAAUACCUUAUUCUAUCCUACAACUUUCUAUACGUCACAAGUGCUGAUGAUAAGCCCAUUGCGCAUGCUACUUGUAUAGAAGAAUUGUUACAAGCACUUAUGCUUCCACUCACCCUAGUGGUAGUUAAGUGCCGUGGGCACUCUACCGCUGGUGGCUGCCCAUCCAAUUGACCCCCCUGCGCAGCCCCCACCUGAUAUUACUGCAUUAUGCAUGCCAACAUCUCUGCCACAUGAUUUGCUCUUAUAUGAGCUACAGUUAUAUGCCACAUCUGCAGAUGUAACAUACUGCUAGGAUAAUAUGUUGACCAUCGACGACAAUGGUCUCUGGUCAAAACGAGGGAUAAUAGGUAUUAACCAGGAGACAUUGUGCGAGACUCCAUCCAAAGAAAGGGGGAACCACCCCAUACGGAGAUCUCACAACCGUGAUAGACAUCACCAGAACCGCAGUCCUGACAUCUGACAGCAACCAAUGGAUACACGCAAUGCACCUAAAGAGGGCCCCCACCCUGUGAGGAUUACUCCACAGGAUACACCAUCCUCAGAUGACAACGGUGACCCCCCCCCCUUGUUUUAGCAGAUAGCAUUUUCCUCAGCACCAUGUGUGCACAUCACCCUGAGGAGCUACCCUGGUUGUGUGGACAGUCUCCGGACCGCCCCAACAGGAACAUAACGGUAGACCAGAGAGCAUUAGACAUACGUGAUGACAAUUUGUGGGAAUACAUGGCACGGGUUGUUCUUAACACUAGUUACAGGUGCCUAAAGGAUGUCACUAGUGCAACUGAACUGAUUGAGAAUUAUAAAUAUUAAUAUAUCCACCACUGUGUGCAGUAACUCAAAAGGCUCACCGGAAGGCGAUGAAAUCAAGCUCUACAGCAGGAGAUCAAGGCUGUGGUGUAUCUAACAACAGUGUAACCGGCCGAAUAGUAGGAGGAACUUAUGCCAACUUGGGCAUUUGGCCGUGGCAAGUCAGUGUACGGUACAAUACAGGACUUUUAUGCGGUGGAUCCAUCAUUUCUCCCAAGUGGAUAGUGACGGCAGCUCACUGUGUAUAUGGGCCUUACUCAAGUGCUCCUGGAUGGAAGGUGUUCGCUGGGACACUGACCCUGCCAAGUUACUAUGAUCCCAGUGGAUAUUCCGUGGAAAGAAUAAUUACGCACCCUGGUUUUUAUUCUGUCACUUAUAAUAAUGAUAUCGCCCUAAUGAAACUAAGCAAUGGGAUAACAUUUGGCUAUAGCAUUCAGCCGGUGUGCUUACCCAACUCUGGAAUGUUCUGGGAGGCUGGAACCGCAAGUUGGAUAUCUGGUUGGGGAUCGACCUAUGAAGGAGGUAAUAAAAAGCCCUGA